AUGAAUUUAAUGCUUAAACACUACAACGUGCAGAUAUUGCAACUAUCAAAAGAAGUUUCUGAGUUAAAUUCUUCUAUCACUUCUCAUGUUGACUUUUGUAGGUACAAAUAUGAAUAUGAGAGAUGCUUUGUCAGCAUCGACCAGCUCCUAGACAGGCUAAAAUUUAACAAAAUUAAAAAAAUGAAUAGGGACCGUGCAGCUUAUGAAAAUGGUCUAGCAUAUCCAAAACCGUCUAUGGCUCAAGCUGGUUUAGUGAUUUCAAGCAUUGAUGCUGGGAACACUACAAGAAAUGACUCUAGCAAGGGAAGAAAUGACACUAACAUUCUGAACCCUACUAAUAUGGGUGGUGAGUUUCUUCCUAGCCCUGAACAAAAUCAAGUUAGACAAAGCGAGCGUCUUCGUUCUAACAAUAAAGAAGGGAAUAAUAACCAACAAGGAACAAGUUUUUCCAAUAACAACUCUAAUAACUCGAACAACUUAAAUUUUCGCAAAGAUGUUCACCCUGGUGCUAGCCCAAAGAAAUUCAACAACUAUACUCAAAAAAACAAACAACAUGGGAACAACAAGCGCAGGAGAUAA